GCCCCAUUUCUCGGUUCUCCCCUCCGCUUCGCUUCCAUCCCCUUCCUCCCGCCGCGAUAGGACGAACUCGCAGUUUCCCACGAGCACCGCAGCCAAAUCAACGCACAGCGAUCGCGAGAAAGCUUCCGCAUAGCUUGUCUCCUCCACGACUGCUCCAGCCGGAAACUGUUUCCCGGCGUCAAUGGCGAGCUCCGGCGAUGAAGGCCGCGUUGUGGUGGACCUCCGUUCUGCGGCGGAGUCGGCGGCUCGGGCUGGCGACGACGCGGCGCACGCCACGCCGAUCCACGAGAUCGAGUCCCUAUGCAUGCGCUGCGGCAAGAACGGCACAACGAGGGUGCUUCUUACGCUGAUCCCGAACUUCCGGGAGGUGGUUCUGAUGUCCUUCGAGUGCCGGCAUUGUGGUGAGAGGAACAAUGAGAUUCAGUUUGCUGGACAGCUUCAGCCGAAGGGAUGCUGCUAUCGCUUGAAGGUUCCUUCUGGGCAGAGCGAGAUACUGAACCGCCAGGUUGUCAAGUCUGAUUCAGCGACUAUCAAGAUCCCAGAACUGGACUUUGAGAUUCCUCCAGAAGCUCAACGUGGGACGUGUUCUACUGUGGAAGGGAUUAUUAUGCGAGCUGUGGAUGAACUGCAGGCUCUUCAAGAUGAAAGAAAGAAAGUAGAUCCUCAAACAGCUGAAGGCAUUGAUCAAUUUUGCCUGAAGUUGAGAUCUCUUGGGUCUGGAGAAGCUGCAUUUACCUUUAUUCUUGAUGAUCCUGCAGGAAACAGCUACAUUGAGAACCCGAAUGCUCCAUCAUCAGAUCCUUUGCUAUCUGUGAGAUUCUAUGAGAGGACACGAGAACAGCAAGCAGCACUCGGUUUCCUUGCUGAACCAGAACAACCUGGAGAGGGUGUUCUGCCUGCUUCAGCAGUGGGAUCCAAUUCUGGUGGGUUGCAAAGCGAGCCCCAUGGCUCAGUUGGAGCUGCUGCAGGUCGUCGUGCUAUAGCUCAGGGCAACCCUGAUGAAAUCGCUGCAGCACUAUGUAGAUACUCAGCACCAGAAGAGGUUGACGUGUUGCCAUCAACAUGUGGGGCCUGUGGAAAAGAAUGUGACACACGUUUCUUUGCUACAAAAAUCCCAUAUUUCCGGGAGGUGAUUGUUAUGGCGACAACAUGUGACUUGUGUGGUUACCGCAAUUCAGAGCUGAAGGCUGGGGGUGAAAUUCCAGCUAAAGGAAAGAAAAUUACGCUACGUGUUCAAAAUGCAAAAGACCUGACUCGUGAUGUCAUAAAGUCGGAUUCAGCUGCUGUGAAAGUACCUGAACUUGAGUUGGAGCUCGCAAGUGGAACGUUAGGUGGUAUUGUCACAACAGUUGAAGGUUUAAUUGUGAAAAUGUGCGAGGCUCUGGAGAGAAUACAUGGAUUCCAAUUUGGUGAUAGCACCCUUGAAUGGGAAAAGAAGAAAUGGGAUGAUUUCAAGGAUCGACUAUCCAAGCUUCUGAGUUUACAAGAGCCCUGGACUUUGAUUCUUGAUGAUGGAUUGGCUGCUUCAUUUGUAGCUCCAGCUACAGACUCGUUAGAAGACGACGACCAGCUAACUAUUGAGGAGUAUCAGAGGAGUUGGGAGCAGAAUGAGGAACUUGGCUUGAAUGACAUGGAUACUUCCUCAGCAGACGCCGCUUACAACACAAGCAGCACAUGAUUUUUGUUCUAGUAGUGUGCUAAAUGUAUUGCAGUAGCUUGUAACAUUUUCUGUUAACUUUGAAAAAAAAACUUCCGUAUCUGACAGUAAACAUCGAGCGCAAUGUUUGUCCAACCGUGUUUUGAACACUUAAAGUUUGGCUCGUAUCAACUGUAUCCUGUAACA